AAUCUUCAAAAAGCUUCGUUUCUGCCAUCACUAGAACACCUCACCAGAUCAGACACAGAACACCAUUACAUACAAACAACGGCCCUAUGACUGACAAAUGUCAACUGAAACACUGGGCUAAAAGAUAACAAUUCACACCUGGGAACCAAUCAGAAAAUGACACUACAAGGACUACAAACGUAAAUGACAAUACAGAACUUCAAAAUAAAAGUACAGGAAAGGGGAACACAAGGACAAGAUACAUGGCAUGUAAUAUCGUAAAUGCAUCCUACUCUUAUAAAAUAGCACUUAAAUCAUGGUAAAACCUAAAUACAGCUCCCAACUAUAGUAUUAUUUACUGUAAACCAAUUGAAUGGAAAUGUCACGGUAAAGGAUUCCAUUACCACAAGUAUUACUAUUAAAUAAUACAUAUUGGGUAAUGUCAUGUAAUAUUGUAGCUAUAUCUACAGAAAUGUCCGUUUUCCUUCAUUGGCUUUAAAUCAAAUGUUGUAUUGCUAUGCAUGCAUAUGAUGCUAAUAUGAUAUCACAGGUACUUCUGUAACACUGCUGAGAUGAGCAAUCAAUAAAAAAUACGUCUUGCAGAUGUAAAUGCAGACAUCAAAUAGACGUCUCCGAGAUGUAUGCUAUUAGGGAUAUAAUCAAUUGGAAUGAAUAAAAGCGAACUGAGUAAUUUAAUUACAAGUAGAUUAAGCAUUGUAGGCAUAUUUACUAAAAUGACUGCUGUCUAAUGAAGAUGACAUAGCGAAUGAGAUUUGAAUCAAUAUAAACGCGUCAUAUUAAAUAUGGGAAGUCCUAACCGCUAAACGUGUAUUUAUCUGCUGUGAGACGUGAUCGAACUCACGGGUUGAGCUGCUGAAGGGGCGUGUUUUGACUGGCAGCGGAUCCUACUAUGGCGACGACAUGGAUUAUGAAUAUUAAUUACUUAACGUGACGUUCGCGCGGAAGAUCACAUUUGAUUGGCUGGAAGGACGACGCCCUCAAGUGAGUCAACAAAUCUUAAUUCGGUUGUGGUUGUGGUUUAUGAAUAUUAAUGAAGUGUCCUGACGAUGCUUUGGGGGGAUUGUCGAGAAACGCUAUUAAUAUUUAUGAUCAAAGGCUUCGUCGUAGUAUUAUUCGUAACGGUGCUGAUUCGCAUGUAGCAUGAGGUUGUGAGAGCGGCGUUUCGCCUCAGAUUGGUCUAGAAAUACGCAGUACCAUCAACGAGUGAAAUCGACAUGCGCAAGCACAUUUAACCCGGCUUCCACCGUCAGACCUCGACAUUUCUUUUCUUUUUUAUUUAAGAGACUUUUUAUGGAAGCCGAUGCUGUAGUAAUGCUUCCUCCCAAGAACUGCAUCCCCAGGAACUACAGCUGUAUCGCCAGUCUGUUCGGAAGCCUGGCAUCAUCCGAGCAGAUGCUCGAGGACGAAGAAAUGGAAGGAGACGUUGACACGAAUAAAGACUGCGAAACACAGGAAAUCAGCGUGGUGAAUGAGAAACCAAGAGGAAGAGAGGCACUUCUGAAGCCUCCACACAGCCCGACAGCCCGUCGCAGGUGCAAAUCUCUCCCCACGUCGGCUGAAAGAGCCAAGCUAGAGAUUGCACGAAGCCGGAGCCCAAGCAGCCAGAAAAAGGUCCGAUUCGCUGAUUCACUCGGUCUGGACUUGAUCUCUAUUAAACACUUUAAUCAGAUGGAUAUGCCCGAGGUACCAGAGCGCAUCAUUGACAAAUUCAGAAAAGCCAGAACUCUCCAUUUCAACAACUUCGACAAGUCCAACACAUCAAGUCAGUCUGUGUUCAUGGAGCUGCUCUUCACAAAUCCAGGUUCAUUGCCAGACUUCCCGAACAGAGUUAAAGAAAAGAAGGUUUUACUAGAGUCUGUUCAGGCGGAUGAGUUUAGUCUGUCGGGAAUCGUUCGGGUUCUUAACCUGGCGUUCGAGAAAAAGGUCUAUUUGAGGUACACCUUAAAUAACUGGACGACCUUUAUGGAUAUUCUCGCGUUUUACGUUCCCCAUUCAAGUGACGGACAGACUGACAAGUUUAGCUUCAAAAUGAUCACUCCUAACUUUAUGGAGUGCGGAGGAACACUGCAGUUUGCCAUCAGGUACUGUGCCGGCGGAGGUGAAUUUUGGGAUAACAACAAUGGGAAUAAUUAUAAAGUAAGACGCCACAGGUUUAAAAUCUCUCCUUUGAGGGAAUGGGAAAACGGAUGGAUCCAUUUCAUUUAGAGCACAAACUGGCGCUAAGUGCACAUUUAUAAACUUUAACCCUGCGUCCGAAAUAUCUACUUCCAUACUAUAAAGUAUGCGAAAUAAAUAGUAGGCCUAUGUCCAAAACCUAAGUAUGGAAAAAAACAGUGCGACAAAUACCCGGAUGGUCUGACGUUACUGGCAAAUCGUGAUUAAAUUGUACCUGUUUAAAAACACUUGAAUUACUUAUAUUGCAUUAAUGGACGUCAUAUGUGAAUGAACAUACGGUCACGUGACAUUGAAAAUGUGGCGAAUGUGCUAUGUCCGUAUUAGAUACAUUGAAUGUAGGCCUACUGUAGAGGUCAAUCAGUGGGUACACGGACGCAGGGAAGCGUGUAAAAGGCUUGGUUUAUAAAUUAGUGUUAACUGCGUGACGUAGCAGUUAAUCAGCAGUAAACAAGCGGUAUAAUUUCCAUUCAUGUAACAAACAGGUGCAUUUAACAAACCGUCGUGCGUUUAUUUUUAUUCCCAUGCUUUUGCUGUUAAAUUAGGCUAUAUUGUGUAGUAAUGACAUAAUGCCCAUUGCGUCAUAAUCAUCGUGCGGGAGUUUUGUACAUACAAUUGUAGCAAAGGUCUCUUUGAAGCUUUAUUGUAUCUGACCAAAUGAUAAAUUAAAGCUGGCAUAUAUUUAAUCACAACGAUAUGUGAAGGGUCAGUUUAAGAACUAGCUUAAGAUUUCUUCAUGAAGUUUAGACAUUUAAAAUGCUAUUGCAAUGCAAGUCCUGUAAAAUUCCAUGUUUAUUCCCUAAAUGUAGCCUUGCAUUAGUAUUUAAUAGACACCACAACAUUCUAGUUGAGAAUGUCUGUGCCACUGGGAGCAACAAAUAUAUCUGGAAAAGUGGUGGUUGUUUUCAGCACCUAAUUUCCCUACGGUUACUUCACACUGUCAAUUCAAGUAUAAGUUGGCUUCUCGGCUACCUUUUCAAAUUAAAAAUGGAUGAGGUUUGUGAUUCAAAGAAUAACAGACCUCAUCCUGUUUCAGACAAGCCCAGCUCUCUAUAAAUCUUAAACCUUUCUCCUGCCCUCUAUUAAAGGUACAGUGAGUAAUUUUUAGAAGGAUCUCUUGACAGAAAUGCAAAAUAAUAUACAAAACUAUAUUAUCAGGGGUGUAUAAAGACCUUACAUAAUGAACCAUUAUGUGUUUAUUACCUUAGAAUGAGAUGUUUAUAUCUACAUACACAGAGGGUCCCCUUACAUGGAAGUCGCCAUUUUGGGCCACCAUGUUUCUACAAAAGCCCUUAACGGACAAACUUGUUUUACUAAGUUGUCUCCGACGAUGACCUGUUUGUCUGGUGGUGGCUACAGUAGCUUCUCUGUGUUUCAAAAGCGAGGGGUGAGCAGUGGACUGAGCCAUUGGUUGCAAUUCACAACCUCACCACUAGAUGCUGCUAAAAUCUACACACUGCACCUUUAAUACUUGCUUGCACACAAACUUUAAAGGUUUAAAACCCUGUCUUUUGGUCAGCAAGCCAUGCAGCACUUUAUUGUUGCACACAAAUAACUAUCGCUAAAGGCCCAUUUUAGCAUGGUUUAGCAACUGUGAAAAAGUAAUGGUAUAAAAGUAAUAUUUUUUUAUGAGAAAGCCUUAGAAUAAGUCAAUGAAGAACAGAGAUAAAGCGUGCAGAGACACACUGCUCAUUUAGCUUUUUUAUGAGUUGACAGGCUAGAGUAACCAAAUUACAUUUUUAUCAUUCUCUGUGGCAGACUAACAAUUAUAAAAUACUUCAGUUACACAUUUAAUGUGUUUUUAUUUUGUAAUAUAACUUCUCAGUGAUCCAUUUCAGAAAGUAAAUGUUGUCUUGUGGUUGACAUGUUUUUAAAUGGAUUAUUGUUGAUUGAUCAGUUGUGGCGCUAUUGCCGUGUACUUUGUGGUAAGAAAUAGCUGAAUGGCAUUGUGUGAAUAAUAUGGUAGCAAAUGUCUGUUGAGUGGUAGUGUUUAAUAUACCUCACCCUGUGUACGCUUCAAGUCUGAAAAUAUACUAUAUAUAGAGUACUAUAUUAUAAAACAUAUGUGUAAAUUAAAAGUUUAAUAUUUUAAAAGUUACAAGAAGCAGUUGGUUGUCGCUGGGCGAUACAGUAGAAAAAUAUAUGUACUAUAAGAUUUAUUAAGAAUUUAGAAAUUAAAGGAAGCAGUCGGUGGUCGCUGGUCAGACAUCGGCUGGCAAUACAAUAAUGGGAGGCUAGUAGAUUGAUUUUCAGCGGCAGCAGGAACUGGAUCUGUUAGUCUCAGUGUCCUCAGAUUCGAGGACGAGACGGGGAGAGAAAAACAAAAUCCUAUUAGCGUAGGGGCCGCUCAUAUAUAAUGCAAGGAUCAUGCAGUAUAAUGGAUGAGAACAUGAUUCAGAUACAUUGUUCUUACAGCUUCCUGGUAUUUUAGUGCUUCCUGUGGAAUGUUUUUAACAGACAACCAUUUCAGAGUCAGAGAAAGUUAUUUCACAAACAGUAUAUUUUAUCACAAAAUAUUUCAAAAACAAUAUUUUAACAAACAAUAUAAGCAUAAAAAUAUUGAAAUGCGCAGAAUGGUCCAAGGAAACCUGAGCUCGACAGUAAUGCUUUUCCAGUACAGGUUUAAUCUAAAGGGACAAGAUUGUAACUUGCCGGACCAGACAAGCAGCCUGAUUAAACUAUCAAUAACUAGAGCACAUAUAUAUAUAUAGAGCAGUGGUUCUCAAACUUUUUCUGCGUGCGGCCCCCCUUGUGUACGGUGCAUUCCUUUGCGGCCCCCCCAAAGAAAAUUUAUGACAAAAACUGUUCUAAAAUUUAACAUUUUAAUUAAACAAAACAUAUUAAGUUAUACAAAGUAGUGCUGUUGGUUAGUAGCCUUAUUUUUUUUAGGUUUAAUUACAGAGAAUUCCUGAUAAAUUAAUGUAUUUUAUAAAAUGUCAUAAAACUGGGGCCCCCCUGGCACCAUCUCGUGGCCCCCUGGGGGCCCCGGACCCCAGUUUGAGAACCACUGAUAUAGAGCACAUAUUGUAGACUGCCACAUAAAGUGAGAGGUGUUCUUAGGACACUUUAGAUGAUUAAAAUCCAUAAAAAACAUGCAGUGCUUUUCUUUCGACACUGGCAGUUGACACUGGCAGCUUGCUAUCUAGUAAUGAGCAAAAGACCAAAUAAAAACUAUACAAUUUUAAAAAGAUUACAAAUGUAAAAUUAAUCAUGAUCGUUAUGGUCUAUUUUUGUCUGUUAUAUUAAUCUAUGUUUUAAUUUGUUACAUAUAUAUCAAGCUACAUUGUUACUUCGUAUGAAAGUAACGUCUUAAUUAUUUAGUGAUUUUGAGACGGGCACCAAUUAAUUUAGUGAUUUUUACACGGACAACAAUUGGGUCAUCUGACACACAUGCACACUUGGUGAAACCUCCAGUGUCCUGUGUAUUGCAUACCACCCUAAUUGUUGCCUAUGUAUGUAUUCAUGAGAAAAGUGUAGUUUUGUGUUUGUUACUUUCCUCAUAUACACACGCGCAGGAGGCGACAGGUUGCACCACAUUCAGCUCCCUUGUUCAGUAUAUUGAUCAGGUAGUCUACCAUUUUAAAGGCCGCCUCAAUCACAAAAUACUUCCGGAGCACUGAAAUAGUUUUUCCUUUAAAUCUCACAAUGAACAAGAACCAGGUUGGUGUCAAAUCAUUGCUCUCUAUAUGACCUACUAAAAAUCAUGUCACAAAUUAACAUCUAAUGACUUACACACAAACAAAAAUUCCACAAGCCAACUCAAAAAAACAUUAGGACACACCAUAGAGACGCACAUUUAUUUAUUUUGUUAACAUAAACAGAUCACUAGACAGGUAGUAAACAUAAUCUAGUUAUAAUUUAUUAUUUAAUUUUUUUAACUAACAAUAAGCAUUUUCUUUCCAUGUCUGACCAUGUGAUCACUGUUGCUGUUUACUAUUUCACUACUGAUUAGAACAUUUCAAUUUAAGCAGUUAACAUUUUUAUAGACUUUGGUUUAGAUGAGUGAAUAAGCAAUUUACUUGUCUGAAGGGACAAGUUGUAUAUUGUAUUAUGACAUCCCAGUUGUAUAUGUCUUUCUUUUUCAGUUGAACAGAGAAAUAAUUUUAUAUUAAAAUACCUUUAUUUUGGGACCAGUGCAAAGGCCUCUUUUAUCGUAAAAAAAACAACUAAAACCACGCAGUAAAACAUUAGCACUAAAAAGGCGCGGACGCAGUUGGUUUAGUUUCCCUGUCAGACCCAAAAUUUAUGGGAGGUGAGAAAUUAAAUUAAUCAUUCAAAGCGAUUUACUAAUGUUUGCACUUAUCAAUGUACUAGUAUUUGCGCUAUUAUUUAAAGCCCAAUAAAUGGAAAUGAGAUGGUUCUGUAAGGUGCGCCUUAAUGCUUAAGGUCUUGAAAGGUGUAAAAAUAUGAAGUCCAGGUUUCAGCAGCAAUGUUGUAUAGUUUUAGUGACAAAUGAUUGUAACUGUGUUGCAGUUAGGUAUGCAUAAAGUCCAUUAGAAAUGAUAUAUCAUAGUAUAUAUGACUACUAAACAUACAAAUUGCUUGAGUGUUUUUUGUUAUUUUUU